AUGAAGCUCGAAAUUUAUAACCAGAUAUUGACCCUGAUGCAUACCUAUGGCUCAAGAGAUUGUUUAAAGACGAUAGCCUUGCAGUUUCCUGGGUAAGUGCCCUCUGUAACGCGAGUUCUCCUCCAAAGACUUGUAAAAAGCUCAAAGGUGAUGGACGAGUAAAGCUUAAUAUCGCGUCUGAAAAUUGCUGAAAAAAAAAGUUGCCGGCGCUCAUGAUUUUCUUUUAUUUUUGUAUAAUCUUAUAUAAAAAAGCAGCCCGGAGCAGUUUCAUGAAUUGAGAAAGCUUGCUUUACAAGUCCAAUCACUCAAAUGAGUCAAGUCAUGAUUCACGAUCAGCUGGUCUGGGUUAAGCACAGGUGGCCCAAGCGUAAUACGAGAGUUUGUAUGGGAAAAAUAGAGUUUGAAACUUAGAUAAAAUAAAUGAAGGUAUCAAUCAAGUGUAAAUAUUGUUACUUGGAGUCGUUGUCUUUGUUUUUUCGACGUUUCAGCGCGAUUUGAGUACUUUUACAUCAUCUGACCUGACAGUGUAAUUAUUGAUAACUUUUAUCGCUUUUACUUCAUUUAUUUCAUCAAAGUUUGAAACUCUAUUUUUCCCAUACAAACUCUCAUAUUACGCUUGGGCCACCUGUGGGUUAAGCACUGAAAAUAGCUGCAAAUAGUUUUGACGGUAGAAAUUAGGGUUAAAUACUGAUAAUAGCGUUUUGGAUUAAGCUCUCGCUACAAUGAUGAGAGUUAACCACUGACUCAAAGUGGUUAGUAUUUAUUGAGGUUUAAGGGCCUUUCCAUAUGAGCCCUGUUACCUGGACCAGUUUCGCCUUGGGUUCAUAAAUUUCAGCCCGGUUUCCGAGUUGAGGAAAGGUCACAGAUCCUGGGGACGAAUUCUGAUGCAAAAUUCGAAAAGCAAAGCAAAUGUGGGAAAAAUAUAACUUUUGCACCAAUCAUAGCUUUGGCAACUCUUAAAGCUGCGUCAAUGCAGUUAAAUGGGAUGCUUAUGAUGGGGAAAAUACAGCAUUCAAUGCAAGAUGAUGCCAUCCGCGCUGCCAGAAUUCACCUUGCUAUCUGGGUUGAAGUCUUAAUAUGACAAAAUUUCCAGCUCACUUACUGAGAUCCUGUUUGGAAAAACCGAAAUCUCAGGAACCAAGCCAGCCGAUCCUCUCAUAUGAACACAUUGAAAAUUUUUUAAGGUUUAUGAUUUAGAGGUAAGGUGAACCCGGGCCGGCCCAGUCAACUGGGCUCAUGUGAAGGGGUCCUAAGUUUGUCACUAAAAGUACUGUAUAUUUAUCAAAGCAGUUACUGGCAAUAAAUGCUGGAGAUUUGAUUUUUUUUACUCCGCUCAUUAACUCAUCAAAUCAUUAACACUUUAUUCUCUCUAUUUUCAUUCUGAUUGCCCUAUGGAUGAGGCAGAUUCCUACCACCUUGCCUUUUCAUAAGGACCCUUUGAAAACAUUUUCCUAUCCCCUUCUUGUGGUCUUGUGAGGACUCUCAUCCAUUGGGCCUUAGGCAAUUUGUGUAUGUGUAAAUGUAUGUAAUUUAAUUAUUGUCAUCUGUUCAGUACUCGUAGAAGUUGAUUGUGUGGCUUGAAUGAAAGUGAAAUUUUCUAAUCUUUAAUGAAAAAUACACCCUUUUGGACUCAGUUUACUGCCCAGAAUGCUGCAAAUCACAUUUUUUUUCAAUUCAGGCAUUGAGCCUCUUUCACAAUCUUCUCCUGUAAAGUUACACCUUUCUCCUGCUACUAAAAGUCUUAGUGAAAACCCUAAUACAGUUUGUUACUCCUUUUAACUGAGAUUUAAAAUUUUGUGCCGGAACAUUUGAGGACUGGGUAGAACUCUUAUGUUGACUGAAUCAAGGUUUUUCUGUUGCAUAUUAAGUGUAGUUCAGUUUCACUUUAUUUUCUUCCCCAGAGUUACAUACAAUACUCUUGUCAGUAUUUACUCACAGGAUUAUCAGGUAAUUAUAUAAUAUAGAUGAAUGGUCACUUGCUAUAUUAAAGUGGUUCAAAUUGAACUUUUAUACCACUUACCAGAGAUGGACACCUUUUUCACAUUCUAAGGGUGUCCGCUUACAAGAGCUUCCAUUGUACCCUGUUAUAGGCCUAUUGUCUGUGGUAAUUACUCUGUGAAAUACAUAUACUUCUAUCUUUAAGCCUCGACUGGAGACAAGCACCCUACACAUGUAUUAUUGGGACAUAUCUGUCCCUAAAUAGUUCAGUCAUGCCAUCUUAAUAUAAACUCUAUGACUAUGUUACUUUGGCAGAAAAAAAUGCGUAAGAACCAUCACAAGCACCACAAGUUAGAAGUAAUGGAAAAUUACUAUCAAAGGUAAUUCAGCUUAUAUGUCAGAUGGUUGUUUUUCAUUGCUUAUCAUUUAUCUGUUAAAUUAACCUUUUUUUCAAUUGUGUUUACCUGUAGAUAUUUGGCAGGAGUUGCUCAAGAGUCCACAGAGCCAGUUUUGUUGAGGAUUGCUGAAGAAGUGGAUUUGUCACACUCACUGCUGGCAAGAAUUGUGUUAGAGAGACAUCUUUCCCACACUUGUUUUGAUGGAGAGAACCGUGAGUCUAUAAUGUCUAGAUUUAAUAGGCCAUUUCUGAGUUCUGGACAAUAACCCUUACUUUCAAAACGAGGCUAAGUGCAAAACCUUUGUUAUGAUAAUUGAGUUACAUCUGAAUGAGAAUAACAAAUCAUUUUCACAUCAGUGACUUUUCGCACUUAGCCUAGCUUCGAAACAGAGGCUUCUGGUAACUCUGAAAUGGCCUAUUUUGCAGAUGCAGUUGUGGGAAACAAUGAGGGUGUUAGGAUGGAUCAUGUGUUCUAUAGGUGCACAGGUCUCAAUUUAUUUAUUGAAAAAUGAUGUUUAUUUGUUUGGUAGUAUGAACAUCUAUUAGGCAACUAGUAUUGGUAGAUUCCAAUUUGCAGCUUUUGCAUACAAGAUUCUCUCGACUUAUGCUCAUUUCUUUUUAGAGACUUUUUUCAUAUUUUAUUAUUGUACAAGUAGAUGAAAUGGAUAAUGUUAACUUUAUAGUGGAUAAAUGUCUAUCCAGUGGACAGUAAUCCCUCCUAAGUAAUACUUGUCUUAUCCACCGGGGCCAGGUCUAUAGACAGUACUGUUACCUGCCGAUAAAAAAUUAUUUUUUCAGAAGGAGAAAUUCUCCCAGUUGUUUGAUGAUUAAACUCCGGCCACCUUGAUACAUGUACCCUGAGGCUUGUUAAUACCUUCAUCCAACAUGCCUCAACUUCUCUUCAAGAUAAUGUUUCUGGAUUUUUGAUCUCUUAUUACAGCUCCAAGAGCUGUUGUCAGUCAGAUGAUGAAAGAGCCCCUCACCCUCAUAGAGGAUAAAACUCUUGCCAAUGAAGUGCACCAGGUAGUAUUAUAGUUUUAAGAUUCUGCUACUAAUUAGACAAAUAGGCAAAGAUUCAAAUUUUAUGGCAGUUUCCCACGUCAAAUAGUAUCUUAUUUGUAACCAUGUGAAAAGAUGGUCAAAUGGGCCCUAUACUAUCAUGUUUUUGCUAUAAGCAAUAUAGUACUGCUUAUAGCAAAAACAUGAUGAAAAGAAUAGAAUUACCUAUUUAUAAUAGUUAUUCUGCAACAGGUGUUUUUUUGGAGUGCUCAACGAGAAGGCUGGUACAUGUACAUGACAGCAAGAUAGCUCACCUCCCGCUCAACCAGCUUUAAGGGUCAUACCAGCAGUGUUACUGGAAUAGGCCAAGCAAAGGGUGGUGAUGUUAGUUUUUAUCAGCCAAGGGUCACAUCAUCACACUGGAGGGCUCAGUGUGUUGCCUCUCAUCGUGUUCAAUUUACUGGAUAUUAAAUAGAUACAUCUCUUGUGCCUAAAAAUUUCUGAGGCAUUCAGGGCAUUUAAGGAUUUCCUUCAAAUGUAGAUGAGAAGAGCAAUAUGUUGAGUGAGAGGAAAUAUGGACAAGGGCAAUAAGUGAGAGUUUAAUUUUUUGGGGCUUUCUUUUGGCAAAGUUGCAUCCUUUUAAUUGCGAUGUUUUGCUUGCAUUUACUUCUUCAUUCCGCAGUUCCAAUAAGUGAAAUUCAUAUAUUUGUUGUAGUUAAUUUUUUAUCUCAGGUAAUUUUUGUUUUUCUUUUGUUUUUGCGGUAUGAAAAUGUAUGCUGAUGAAGUUGAAACAAAAGAAAAAUAAAAAUUACCAGAGAUAAAAAAAUUAACUUAAACAUAUUCAUCAUUUCGUACUCUUGAACUGUUUGGAGGUUUACGAACAUAGCCAAAUUCGCGGGAUAUUAAACAAAUCUAAAAGGAAAAUGAGAGCCCAGCUUACUUUGACCCAUGUUAGGAAUGAUAGACCCUAAGGGGUAGACGAGUUCGUGGUUUUCUUUAGCAUUUACUUUGGGCUGGCAAGGUUGGAGUCAGUGUUGAGAUUUGAUUAUGUUGUACUUAGCGUUAUUCUGAAGGUGUCGUUUUCUUUUCUCAGUGUAUACUCAAUGAUCCAAAUUAUGGACCAUUAGUGGACAACAUAAAACGGUAUCCUUUUUUAGUUUAAAAGAAUUGAACUACAGAAGAGGCCAGAAAUGCGAUUGAGAUUUCUAAACGGUGGAGAUUUAUUUUAUUUAUUACGGAUCUUGUUCGAGUCGAGGAGAAAAAAAUCAAGGCUUUUUAAAGGGGCUGCAGUGUCACGGCGGUAACCGGUCAUUUCGCCCCGGUUACUUAACCCCCUAUUUCGAGUCAUUUAGCGCCCUUCAAAUGUAAUACUCCUCGUUCUAUAAGCCAGAAAGCAAAACAACUUCGCUUCAAAUAUAAUAUUCCUCGUUCUAGAAAAGGGGCUUAAUAAACAGGUGCGAAAUGACCGGUAACCGUCACGACUGCUGUCUAGUUCAUUUUAUUAAGAUUGCCAAUUACUCUUCCUUACGCGCUAUGCCUGGCAUUUAACGUUAACGAACAAAUUCAGGCGCGGAUCUAGGAUAAAUACUGACUGAUUUCCUAAACGAGCGCCUCCUAGCGGCGUCCGGGGGCGGGCUCACCCAGGAAAUUUUUGGGGUUUUUCUCCUUAAGUCCCCUUUCCUGGGUUUCCGAGUCAUUCAGACAGGAUAUUGGCCAAUUUUCAACUUGGAAAGUCUUUUUUAUUAUUAAAAAUAUAUUUUUUAUGAAAAAUGUGACCGAUUUCCGUAAAACGGUGGAAACCGGUGUGGAUCCGCGCCCGAAAUUACUUUUAAACGACGACUCCGAGAGCUUCUUGUCCAACAAAUAUACCUCCAAAGCAUUACAUCAAAUGUUACAAACAACAAAAAUGAACAUUUUGAAGUUUCAAAACCCACAUUUUCAAUCCGUUUUAAUCUUCUUCAAGUUUGUCCAUCUAGGCCUACUUUUGUAUUUGUUGUGUUAUCAACAUUCUGUUAAUUUGUGCGAUCAUUUUUAUGUUUCAUUCAACUUGGUAGCAGUUUCUACGGUUCGACGUUUGAUGAAAUUCGCUACACAGCUCCUUUAAGCAGUCUUUUCCUGCUUUCGUCAGUUACGUUUUACACCUUCCCCCACCACUGAAGGAUUCGAAUGUGCUCGGACUAAGGGACAGACCAUUAGAAAAGUCAUGGGGGGAAGGGGAAUUUUCGAGCCGCAGGAAUUUUUUUUCGUUAUCAAACUCCUUGUACGAAUUUUUUUUUAGGCCAUAGCGUGAGUAUUUUUUAGGAUUAAUUGGCGUGCAUGAAUUUUUGUCCAUUUAAGUUUCCCUUGCACGAAUAUUUUUUUGUACUUUCUAAUGGUCCGUCCCUAAGGGCUUAAGAAACAACAAUGAUAUUCAUGGUGGCACGUUUCCUUGACAAGUGGUGUUUCAGCUCCGUUGGGUACGAGUAUGAACUGAUUCUACGCGAAAAACUACAAAACCGGGGCAUACCAUUUCUCGGUAAGAAUGGAAAGUAGGUGAUUAUUUUUUUUCGUUCCUGGCAAGUUUAAUUCCACUUUAUUACAAUGUGAUUUUAAAGAUUAUGUUUUUUGAAGGUGAGGAUGACAUGAGAAGUCGAGGAUAUGACAAAACACCAGACUGCAAACUUGAAAUUCCUAUAGGUACGUAAUGCACUUAACGGUUAAUUCGCCCAGGGGCCAACUCGCACUCAACAAACUCGCCGCUACGAAGGGUAACUCUCUUGCAGAGAAUGAUGCAGAUAGACCUAUUCGGCUAACUCAAUGUUGUACCCAAUUCAAAUCUCCUGGGGUUAAGAUUCAUUGUGUAUUGCAUUUGCAUCAUAAUGUGGCAUUCUCAUUUAAAUGUAUGGAAAUUCCUGAAACAAAAAGUUUUAUUCCCAAAGGGUUUGAAUUGGGUACAACAUUGAGUUAGCCGAAUAGGUCUAUUAGCGCUAAUCCGAGGUUAAAUUUUUAUUCGAAAGCAUUUUCUGGCAUAUUUCCUUUUAUUCUUUUAAGAUCAUCCAAUCACCAUGUUGUAGACAAAAAGAAUUAAACUAAAUUUGCUUUUUAAGCUUUCAAUUCAGAAUUCAGAUUUCGAACCAGCUUUGAUGAACUCGGCCCUUUAUGCUUACGUUAUAGUUGAAUAUCCUUCCUACGUAAAUUGCUUGUCGAUCACCCGCAAUGAGACUAAAGCUGACAAGGCACUAAUUAAGUCCUUACCAGUUACAUCUAAGACAGUGAUUAAAAGAACUUGAAAAGGUCGGAAGGGGUAUUUUGCAGAACACCGAAUGACUCUGAAAUUUGGAGAUUAGGGUUAGGAAACUGAGUGAAUCAAGUUUCAAGUCAGUUUUCCCAGUAUAACGACCCUAAAUGGAACCUGAUUCACUCAGUUUCCUAACCCCAAUCACUAAACUCAGAGCGGUCGUUCGGCGUUCUGCAAAAUACGCCUAACAUGAACAGGUUGGCCACUGACUUGUUCAAUUGCUGUUCAUUUCUAUUAAUGCCAUUCAUAAAAGCUAUAAACGUAGACUACGAGUAGUCCCCAUUUUUCCUCAGGGAUAGUAAGGACUUUAAGAUCCAACGACGCGGACGGUAAAGAGAACGACAAAAAGACAAUAGGUUUAAUUAGCAAAACAACAACUUUGCACGUGCACCAUGGAGUUUUUGUACAUUUCUCUGCCCGUUUUUGCUCGACUACGACGUGGAAAUACCUAAUUUCGCGUUUUACGGAGGACGUAAACAAGCAACGUCGAAAUUUUAUUUUUCUUACUGUACUUGGAACGUCGAAAUUUUAUUUUUGUUUAUUGAUACUUGGAUAUGGUGCCUGCGUUAUCCAGUGGAAUUCAGGCCCCAGUUGUUCAAACGGGUUCCACCAGAUAAAUCACUAUCCAGCGGAUACAUUUGGAAACAAUUGCGCUAUAAUUUAUCCGGUGGGUAUCCGACGAAUAAUCCAUCUUUUGAACAACCAGGGAUAUAGGGACUGAAAGAACGUAAGUCGGUAGGAAUAAUUGCGAUAUAGACUGAAAGAACGCAAAUUCACUUUUUAAGCGACGUUCUCACUGCCGUCGCGUCGUUGGAUCUUGAAAGUCCCUAGUAUAGCGAGCGAAACGCGAGCGCGCGUGAAAAUCACCCCACGCGAGAAAAGGGUUUCGCUCGCUCUACUAUCCCUGAGGAAAAAUGGGGACUACUCGUAGUCUACUAUAAACGCAAUUCCAAACUUUCUUUUGAAGUUGAUUCCAUUUGCUUAUCAUAAAAAAUGUGACGUUUUGUGUUACCUGAAAAAGAUCUCUUCAUCGUCAUUCUCAUCUGAUCAUUGUUCUUUGUGACGCGUCAGCAGGUACACAAUUCCGUGAUAUUCUUUCUUGAAAAUGCUUUCGGAACAUUACUGUUUCCUGUUUCACGAGGAUGGGGUUCCAAGGUCACGGCCCAACCCUCUAAUAGGCUAGGAAUCAGUGUCUGAUUUUAUGUUUUUUUUUUUUCGAGACUGGGUUUUUGUUCCCUUCGAUGAUCACUCUAUGGGGUUUAGUAAUCUCAGGUUUGGGAUCAAUGGUUUUCACCUCCUAAUAGUCGCUCACGACGUGCACGUUUCUCGUCCAAGUGCUUAGUUGAAUACUGCCAUUUGGGAUGCCCGCCGUAUAACAAGCACUAGUUUGACCGUGACAGGAUUAGCUCAGUCGGCAGAGCGUUUGACUGCAGAGCGGGAGGUCGCGGGUUCGAUUCCCGGGGCCGGACCAUUACUCAGGGUCUUGAAAUGACUGAGAAAUGAAGGUACUUCCUUUGCACUGCAAGCGGCGACACCUUGGUCUUUUAUGGCUCGGAUGACCACGUAAAAUGGCGAUCCCGUCUCCAUUAGGAGCACAGGCGGCCCAGACGUAGUAUGUGUCACUGAAUGAAUAUAUUAAUAUUCACAUGGACAAAUUAAUGCGUUGAGUCGUCGAAACUCCAAUGAACUAAAAUAGUCCAAAAAUUAAAAUAUAACAAAAUAAAGCUAAGAUACCUUUAACUGAACGUAUCCUUGCCUUUCCUGGCCGGUUUAAGUGGCAUUUUGUUGAGUUUUGCAAUUGUAGGUACUAUCCACUAUAGAAGAAUUAAAGGCUGGCUACAAAACAAACAGACCAUCUCCACGCGCCUUCACACGAAGCGCUAUAAAUUCGAGAAUAAUCGACGAAUCCGCUCCAAAUAACCAUCGGCUAAUCUGCAGGUAACGUGUGCUCCUGCCUCUGGCUCACUUGCUCCACAAAACCCAUCGCAACUGCACAAUAAUUGCUCGCUCAUCAACAACCACUGUUGACCUUUACGCUUCGAUAUGACCGCAAACGACCAGGUAUAAUACGCGACGUGAAUAUUCAAGCUUAGCGACCGCGUUCGCGCAACAAUGCAGCACUUGCUAUGGGAGGGAUGGUACUAUUGCUUCUAGGUCAAUCAAUCGGGAAAAUAAUAUUGAAGCCCUUAUAAUUUUUAAAAAGAUCCAAUUUGCCCUAGGAGCACCGAACAGAUACGAAUCUUAUAGCGGAGCUAAAAAAAAUGAGCAGCAGUGGAAAAAGUGAACAAGAACAUGUACCACAUUUUCUCCAUAAAAAGUGAAAACCAGGACGUUUUCUGGACGUUUCACGUUGCAGUCAUGCAAAUCAACGGCAAGGAAAUGUACAAGAAAGUGUGCUGCAAUUAGACCUAUUGUUGUUUUUCACAGUUCUGGUCAAGGGCAUCCAACUUUUAAUUUUUCACAUUUCACUCACCGGGUUAGGCUAUUUUUCGUAGAGAGUAAAACGGAAUCCUAAAAUUUUCGGAUUCAAAAAUGUGAUGAAAGAAGGUAUCUGAAAAAUUAUCUCCUUCGUAAUACGUUAAAUUGCAUCUAAAAUUUUUGGGGAAAAUAAUUCUGAAUUCCUCGUAAUUUGGAAAAGACUCAAGUUCCUCUAGAAUGGCCGAACACUGAGAUGCAAGUUUUAUAGCGCCACUUAGAAUGCAUUUCUAUAGAGCUAAAAGUACUUUAUGAAUAGCUACAAAAGUGUUUUCAAUUGAAAGCAUUUGAGGAAACAGUCGUUGGGUGGCCCUGUCUCGUUGCCUUCUCCGCUUAGCAUUACACGAUAUAUUUUAUAUUUAGUAUGAGCAAACUAUAAAUCAUUAGCUUCGCUUUUAGCCCUCCUGACUAAAUUUAUGUAAGCGCUGUUUAGAAUGCAUUUUUCGGUCAAAAGUACUCUGGACAGCCGUAAAUGUGUUUUCAAUGCAUUUAGGGGGAAAUCACGUUGGGUGCCCCUGAGUUUUGAUAAUAAUAAUAAUAAUAAUAAUAAUAAUAAUAAUAAUAAUAAUAAUAAUAAUAAUAAUAAUAAUAAUAAUAAUAAAAAUAGACAAUUUUAUUAAAAAAAACUAUUAAAAUCCUAUUUACAAUUAAUUCGCUUAAAAAAAAAGAAAAAACUAUUCAUUCAAAAACACUAUUUACAAUUUCUGUCGAUUUAAAAAGCACUUAAUUUAGCUUUAAAAAAAAGUUAAUUAAAACUAAGAAACAUUUUUUUUUGAAUUAAUAAUAAUAAUAAUAAUAAUAACAAUAAUAAUAAUAAUAAUAAUAAUAAUAAAAAGGUGCUCAGUGUAUGAACAGAAUGAUUGACUUGAGUGACUGACGCUCUAGGUGCAUGGUUUGCGCCCGGCUGAUGCACAAAAAGAACACCUGCAAAGACUGUGGUAAUAGAGACAAUAAUAAUAAUAAAAGAUAUCGCGCCCAUAAAUUUUACUUUACGAUAUCUUCAGCUGUAUCUUCUAUUCAGCUGCAUAGCGGGGGCCAGAUUUUUCCUUUUUCCUGGGCGGAAAAUUCUCGUCCUCCUUCACCAGUUUGGACAACAUAUCAUGGAGUAAGACGUUGUUAAUCUAAGCAAAUAAGUCUGGUAGAGUCAAGAACCUAUGCAAGCCGCUGGACGAACAAUGUGACAGCAUCUGAGACAGCGAACGUUAGAAGAAUUCGAACUUGAAAACCAGGGCUGCCCUGUUGAAAACUUACGGACGGUCCCGCGAUCGCCUUUUCUUUUCUGGUCAAAACUAACGCAGCGGACCCUCGCUCAGUGUUGAUUGACCUAGAACAAUUGUACCAUCCCUCCCAUUGCAAGUGUUGCAUUGUCGCGCGGACUCGGUCGCUAAGCUUGAAUAUUCACGUCGCGUAUUAUACCUGGUCGUUUGCGGUCAUAUCGAAGCGUAAAGGUCAACAGUGGUUGUUGAUGAGCGAGCAAUUAUUGUGCAGUUGCGAUGGGUUUUGUGGAGCAAGCGAGCCAGAGGCAGGAGCACACGUUACCUGCAGAUUAGCCGAUGGUUAUUUGGAGCGGAUUCGUCGAUUAUUCUCGAAUUUAUAGCGCUUCGUGUGAAGGCGCGUGGAGAUGGUCUGUUUGUUUUGUAGCCAGCCUUUAAUUCUUCUAUAGUAGAUAGUACCUACAAUUGCAAAACUCAACAAAAUGCCACUUAAACCGGCCAGGAAAGACAAGGAUACGUUCAGUUAAAGGUAUCUUAGCUUUAUUUUGUUAUAUUUUAAUUUUUGGACUAUUUUAGUUCAUUGGAGUUUCGACGACUCAUCGCAUUAAUUUGUCCAUGUGAAUAUUAAUAUAUUCAUUCAGUGACACAUACUACGUCUGGGCCGCCUGUGUUAGGAGACGUAAAAAUAGUGUCCCCAAUUAGCACUUUCGAGCUAAAUACAUUGACACUCAAAUAAAAACUGCAAGUGCAAGUGCAUUUUUGUUUCGAAUUAAAAAUUACCACUGAAUACAAACAUUAACGACACAUUCAUAUACAGGGUUAGCCUCGACGUAAAGUAAAAAAUAUUCAGAAAUUCCGGCAAGUAAGUGUUUGAAAUUUGAAAAUACACAAUAGACAGAGUAAUAAACAGGUCUUUUUCUCGUUGGAAUUUGUGAAUAUAUUACUUCAGAUGGAGGCUAAGGCUGUAAAAAAUGCGUCUUCAGUUCUUUAAUUCAGCGGUCAUAGCGAACUCGAAACUGGACUAUUUCCGUAGGUUGGGGUGCUCAUCUCCAAACCCCUGCCUAUAGGCCGUACGUAACCCAAUAGGUGGGUUGAAAUAGGCUACGCUCUUCCUCAAUUUCCUUGUGAAUGAUACACAAAUUCUGAGGAUGUGAAAUAUCAAUGAGCCCGAUUUCAGUUGAACUAUUAGUCCUAAAAAUUGACCAUUGAAGUACACCCUAGCUUACAGUAGUCUCUUUCUUUCCCACAGCUGUCGAUGGUUUUGUUGUAAAUUGGAUUGAAAGCAAAGCAUCCUUUGGGGACGAUUAUAAUCACCAGACGUACUUGAAAGACCAGUUCUGGAGCUACUGGAACAGGUAAAGCCGCUUUAAAAGUGUUAAUCUGUGAUAAAUUAAUUCCCAUUUACACAAGAGAGAUUCUCGUGGCCCGAUUGUAGACGAUCCGAAGUCGUUCAACUGAAAAUCAUGCAGUCUAUACGUUGCAAGGUUUUUAUUUGCUUGUUCAUGGUCCCCGAUAGUUUUCUUGCAUUUCUACCGUAUCUGAUGGCGCUUUCUGUUUGUCAGAACUGGGCGGCCGGACCAGUCAUUUUGACGAUGAAAUUGGCUUUUUCCAAAGGUUUUUGCCGAAAAACCACCCCCUUCCUGCACACUAUUUAGGAUUUGACUAAUCUGGCCGAAUAGUUUUGAUUAACAGUGAAAUUCUCAUUACGUCGGGAAGGGUCUGGCCGGCCAGUUCUGAUAAAUGGAUAGCGCCCUAAGUGUCUUGAACUUAACGGCAGGUGCUAUCAUGCUAUCAUUUUAGCUCUAAAUUUGUAAGUGUUUUACCUGGCACAAAAUUAGAAAUAUCGCAGCUAUAGUAAGGACAUAUUAUGCUAUGUGUAAACCACAGAGUAUAUUUAGAUUACGUGGUCAAUUCCAGACAACGUUUUUAGGUUCAAAAUUGUGACCAUAUCGAUGAGGUACACGUGACACCCAUUUCCAGAUUUGUAAUUGUACAAUUUUUGCCUAAAAUGCGUUCAUCAUGUCCAAGGAAACUCACUUCGGCCAGACGUUAUGUCAGGACACAUCAAAUGGCAAGGACUAUGAUUUGUGGCCAAAGAUUUGCGUACUAUCUAAAGAAGUUAAAAGUGAACAUAAUUUUAUAUCCGACAGCGUCUCUGGUUUGUCCAACUAAAAUGAUGACCUGGUCUAACUUACUUUCUGGAGUCUUUUCGGGUAUUAAUUGGCUGUUCCAGAUAGGGUGCCAAACGGUCUAACUUAGAUGGCUAUAAUGGACCCACGGACUGAAAUGAGUUCCUGAGUACCUCAAAUAGCCUUUGGAGGUGGUACAGAUCUGUUAAGAUUACAACGUACACUGCCGUGGUCGACAUUUCUUGAUUUCCUGACGAACUUUUAACAAAUUCAAAGGCUUCAUAUUAAAAUUUUGAGUAGUAAUUAACCUUUUAACAGAAUAUCGACUUAUCUGAUUUGAAAGGUUUGGGCCAGGAAUGGUUAUAUACUGGUUCGGUUUCAUCGAUGAACUGGAUUGUAAUCAAGAACGUGGGAUUAUUCUCAAAGACGACUUCCCUUCAGAUAUCAUUACUUUGGACUCUCUUCUGGAAACGUCUUGACUAUGUGGCCAGGUUAAUCUGUUAGCUGUUUGUCUUACAUUGCUGUAAAUUCAAAAGAUUUGUUUUAACUCCGAAAUUGCUUGGGGCUUAAUCUCAAAGCCAUACCUCUUGUCGACGAAGCCGAAGGCGAGAUCUGGUCCAAUCCGAUUUGUACACGUGAUCGUCUGUCAGGAAUUUGACAGGUGAUGAAAGUACGCAUACUUGAAAUAAAUUUCCAAAAUGGUGGCCGUGUUAAACGACACUGAAUUUGAUAGAGCC